CGGAUGCGUCUGUCAGUGCCCGCUCGCAGUUCACUUUUGUUGUGAUUCAGUUCUGGGUGAAAAGUAAAUAAAGUGCGAAAAAUGUUAAUUUCCGAGGCAAAAUUGGCCCCUAAAUUGGUGUAAUUUCUAAUUCAGUCGUACGGGAAUCGCUUCCACACCGACGGAUCGAUCGGAAGCCGGCUGCAGUAUGGCGCUGACACCGGAUGAGUUGCGGAAGCGAAUUCCCCAGUGGUCGUUAGAAUCAGAUGGGCAGCUGUUGCAGUACAUGAAUCAAAUUUCGAAGCAUCUCGAGAAGACAUGCAAGGAAACCCAGGAUAACCUGAACCGUUUUAUGUUGGAUAUCGACGAGAGUCACAUCCGCUUCGCUAAUGCAUCGAACAGCUUUAACGGCAUUCAGCAGUUGAAAUACGUGGAGAACCGCGUCCAGGAUGACGACGAGAGUUUCUACUCGGUGCGGGAGGAAGAGGAAGAGAAAGGGGAGAAACUACCGUACGGGGACAUUUUCCACAUGGCUGUCGAAAGGUCCGUUGCGAACAUGUACAAAUCUUUCGAAAAGGUUACGGUUCAGUUGGAUAGUGAUAGCGAUAGCGAGGAUGACGAUGAAGAGGCGGCCGCGAGGAACACUGUGCUGAGAGCUAUUCAGAAGUAUCCUUAUAUCGGCAGACCAUUGCCGUACAUAAUAGGGUCCCAGGAGUGGCGGGAGAAAUGGCACGCUGGGCUGAUUGAUUCCGAGGAAGAGUCCGAUACGGAACCUAAGGAACAGUAUUCGGAUUCCAGUGACAGCGAGCGGAUGUUUCCGUCGCAGACGAAUAGUAAUCAUACACCUUCGGAGUCGGAAGGCUCGGUUUGGGGUGUGCAUUCGGAUCCGCGACGGAGGGCGCCAUCGAUCGAUCCCAGUGUGUCAGGGGAUGACGCUUUGUCUAUCCAUUCGAGUUCCAGUGCAAUCAGGCCGAGAUCAUUGUUGAACAACAUUCACCACAAGGUUCCAGUGCUGCCUGGGUUCAGACCACCUUCGUUGUUCCCGGAUCAACCUCCACCGGAUGACACAAUCAGUGUGUCCUCCUGGAACAAAGUGACGAAUCUGUUCGAGGAAUCUGACGAAGAGGAGUCGACUCCAACUCAUAGACCGACAAUGACUGCAAACGUUACAAAUCCACAACCUACCUACUUCCGUGGAAACCAAGUGGAGAGGAGAUCCGUUAAUUUGUUUGUCGAUGAGCCGCCGCCGUCGAGUCACGAGCCAACUCCAACGUCGGUGCAAAAGAAACCAGUGAAUCUGUUUGUCGACAGCGAUGAAGAUGAUUCGUUCAAUAACAAUUCUUCGUCCAAGAGCAGUAGCAUUUACCGGAGUGAACCUCCGGAGUUACCGACUCCGGCGAGGAAAGGUUCCACUCUGUUCGAUGACGAGGACAAUGCGGAAGUGACGCCGAAAGCGUACCCUUCGGGUCUGUUCGACGACAAGGUUAACAACAAUAGCGAGGCGAAUGAAGAGGAUGAUCUGUUUGUUCCGGUGAAACGGUCGAUCAACGGUGGUGUUGCGGAGUGUAAAAGCAAGGGCGUGCGAAGGGUUACCAAUCUGUUCGAUGAUGAACCGCCGGAGGAUGAUUUCGAUCAGAUAUUCAAGCCGAAAGCGUCGGAUAGGAAAAUACCUGGAGCUAAAUUGGUGUUGCCUCCGGUUGGGGUUGGUGGGAAGCAGAAGAAUGUGGGUAGUAAAACGGAGAAUGAGGGUAGCAGUAUGAUAAAAGUGGAUUCUCCUCAACAGCAAAGAGCUGAACAGGUUCCGGUGGUAACGCAAGACAUCACGAAAAAGAAGGUAAACCUGUUUGACAACGAUGAUGAUGAUUCGAACGAUAUAUUUUCUGAGAAUGUUGUUAAAAAAGAGACACUCGCGCCAAAGACACCGAAGAUUAAUCUAUUUGAUGAUGAUGAUGAUGAUCUUAUAGGAGGAUCUAAUUCACUAGAGGGUCAGCUUGAGGCAAAUACUUCCACGCAAGUGAAGCCGAAAGAAACCAUUGUCAAUCAAACCAGCAGUAUUCGAUCGGAAAUUCUGAAGAAAAAGUCAAUUUUUGAUUCGGAUUCCGACGAGGGUGGAGACGAUUUUUUGUUCGGUGGAAAGCGAUCCGUGCCUUCUUUGGUCAAGGCUAAGGAACCGGAACCCCUUCCAAGGAAGGUGGAGCCGGUUGUAAAUUCGCCGAUUCAGCUUCCUCCGGUGAAAGUCGAGAUUCCGGAUGACCUUCCUGAUGUCGAGAAGCCAAGUGAAAACAGUGAACCGAUUCAGCCGAAACCCAAUCAAGCCAGUAUACGUUCGGAAAUUAUGAAAAAUAAAUCGAUUUUCGAUUCUGAUUCCAACGAGGACGACGGUGAUGAUGAUGACGAUGUUCUGUUUGGUACAAAGCAGGUGACUUCCGUUCCAGAUGUGGAAAAAGUGGAUACUUCGCCAAAGAUAGAAUCGAAGGUAGAAACAAUGAACGUUAAAAUUACGGAGGAGGAUGGUUUCUCUCAAGUUGAUGUGGAGAAAAUUAAAGACACUGCAAAAGUUAUUGAAAAGCCUCAAAUACCAGAUGAACCACCAGAGGAUGACGGAUGGGAAGAUCCACCUGUAAGUGAUCUUGAGCCGAAAUAUCCUGAAGUGUCCAAUGAUAUUGACUACUAUCUCACAACUAAUAGAAUAAAUGGCCCUUCGGAAUCUUCGCUGGUUCAAUCGAAUCAUAUAGGUUCUAUCAAAGGUGAAUUAAAGAAAACAGCCACUGUUGAGCCUUCUAAGAAAGAUAUCGAUCAAGAUUCAGAACUCCCAGUUGUUGAACCUCCUCAAGAUGAAGACGCGAUCAGAAGCACCGAACAUAAAGUAAACGGUGAUCUAGAAGCAACCAAGCCUUUAGAUUCGGAAAACAAUAUUUCGCAAACAAAUGAUAGCAACAAGAGUGCCUUAAAGUUCAACUCGAUCGGCCUAUUCGAUGAUAUUCCACCUCCGGAUGACGAUUUCUUUGAAUCUCGUACAACGCUGCAGGCAGCUGUUGAUCACACUGAUGAUGGUUUCUACAGUGAACGGCCCACCGCUUCAGCUGGCAACACUGCUGUGAACUCGAAUCACUAUCUCUUCAUGGAUGAUGGCGACGGGCCGCCUCCAGAUGAUGAGGUCGAUGAUAGCAGCACAGCUCCAAAGCAAGCCCAAGAACCCGCCCCCUUCAAGAGCAUAUCAGCCAUUAUAGAGGAACGUAACAAAAAUGAGUCAAAUUAUGAAGAAGAAACUCGAGAAAAGCCCAAGAUCAAUAGACUGAGUGCCAAAGUUAACAUUAACGUGAAUGCUUUACUGCCCGGUGCACGAAGGCCUGUGGUGGAAAAGACUGCUGAUGUUCCCAUUUCGGUGGAACCAGCCAUUGCUGAGACUUCAGUGAAGGCCAACCAACCGGAUUCAGAAGCCGGACCGACAAAGUUAGUUAGCUUGAACAAAGGUCGUGCUAGAAUACCAGCGAAACGAAAACCUCAAUCUAGGCAAAAUCGAAGAAAAAACUACGAAAACAGCUUAGCACCAGGAAGCAGCGAAGAAUCGCCCAAAACUCACCAUCCUAGACUGGAGACUCCCAAAGAAGAGGUACGUGUCGUGGUAGGUUCCGAGGAAAGAACCCAACACGUCGAAGUCAUCGCUGCACACGUUAAGGUCGACCAGCUCCUCAGCAACGAAUUGAUAGAGAAGCUUUCGGAUUUGAAACGUUUAGAAACCCUCACGGACCCAGAAGAUAAACUUUUCGGCGAUAAACUCAGUAGUAGCACAACGAAACCCCCUUCCGCUGUUCCAGUACCAAAGAAUUCGAAUCCUUCCGUUGUGAACUCGGUUGCCAAGCCCCUCAAGCCCGUCUCAUCGGCAAAACUUUUCAGCGAUGAAGAAUCGGACGAUGAUGAUCUGUUUGGAAAGAUUUCGAAGCCAAUCGUGGCGGCCCAGAAUCCCACCGUGUUCAAACUCAGUCAGCAAAACAUUCAACCGAACAAACCACUAAACUCCACCAUCAAAAAGCAGUCAAUUUUCGGUGAUUCCGCAGACGAAGACGACGAUCUGUUCUCGAAGCCUCAAUCCAAUACGAAACCCUUGCCCAAACCAGUCGGUAAACCCGUCAAUAGUGAGCCUCCAAAACCGACCGUUAAUCUCUUCGCGAAAAAGCAGAGCCUAUUCGGAUCCGAUGACGAUGAUGAUGCGGAUGACCUCUUUGGUGGUCCCCGUCGGAAGAGUUCCACCGCAGCUGUCGGUAGUCAUGACUCUCAAUCGAAGCCGACGAAAAAGGUUGAUCUUUCGAAGACGAGCAAACCCGCUGCCCUGCCCAGUACCGCCAGUAAAAGUCUGUUUGGAGAAGAUGACGACGACGAUGACGAUCUGUUUGGCUCCAAAAGCAAACCCGCAUCGAAACCUACUUCAUCGCAACCAGUGGCAACAACGAAGAAAAUGGACAGAAAUCCUACUACAUCGGCGAAGACGACGGCGACGACGACAACAACAGCUACGGUAAACGAUCCUCUAGCCGACUUGUUAAAGUAGUAACAGUAGCACCUUGUAAGUAUACCUAUAAACCUUGCAAGCUGAUUCACAACAAACCUACUGGAAUAAGUUGAGUCCACUUGCAUUCUACGAUAAUGUGGGUGAAGAGGCAUGAGAGAAUUUCGUUUUCAAAUUUUGUCCAUUUUGACAGCACAUCAUUUAUUGUUUGGCAC